CGCAAAAUGACAAGUCAAACAGCAGAGAGACAGGGCGUUGCUGUGCCCGUCGACCAGAACCUCCCGUCCGACGAUGAAGCAUAUAGCUCGGAAAUAGCAAGCUAUGCAACGUCUUUGACGUCUGCAGUAACGAAUUACAACUGGGAGUAUGGCCGCCGAUAUCAUUCGUACAAAGAAGGGAGCUAUAAAUUCCCCAAUGACGAACGAGAGCAAGACCGCCUUGAUAUGCUUCAUCAUAUGUUCAAAUUGGUAUUGAACGAUCGGUUGUUCCUCGCCCCGAUCGAGAACGGCCCGAUUCGCGUGCUCGAUAUUGGGACUGGGACUGGUCUGUGGGCUAUAGAAUUCGGUACGUCUUUCGAUGUUAAAUUGACACCACUAACUGUCAUGGGCAACGACCUAAGCCCUAUCCAGCCCCCAUGGGUCCCUCCUAACGUCGUGUUUGAAGUCGACGACGUCGAAGCAGAAUGGCCCGAGCGACCGCCGUUCGACUUCAUCCACUCCCGCUACAUGUGCGGCUCCAUCGUAGACUGGCCCAGACUCGCGAAACAGGCCUUUGACCACCUAAAGCCCGGGGGCUGGAUCGAGUUCCAGGAAUUCCAUCUCGUCAACUACUCCGAGGACGGGUCAUUGAAGGAGGACAACGACGUGAACCUGUUAUUCAAGCUGCUGCAGGAGGCUUGCGAUCGGAUCAACCGGCCUGUAACCAUCGGAGCUGACUUGGAGCGCAUUGUGAAAGAGACGGGGUUUGUUAAUGGCAAGCAUCAAGUGUUUCAGCUGCCUCUUGGGACGUGGCCGAGGGAUCGGAGGAUGAAGGAUAUUGGCGCGUUGAAUAUGUACCAGAUGCUGGAUGGCCUGGAAGCAUUUACCAGCGCUACUUUUACUAGCAUUCUGGGCUGGUCGAUCGAGGAGGUUCAGGCCUUCCUUGUGCGGGUUAGACAAGCUGCGAAGGACCGCAGCGUCCAUAUCCUGCAUAAUUUGUAUGUCAAGUCUCUCAUGAAAGGAUAUCAACUGACGAUGAUCUAG